AUGCCUAUCGGUCACAUCGAACCUUACACCAUCGGGAGUAAUAACUGGGACACCUAUAUUCGUCGUGUAAAACAAUUUAUCACGUUAAAUAACAUCGCCGACACGUUGCAAGUAGCUACGUUAGUGACGGUAGUAGGCGCGGAAUGUUACGAAUUAAUGUGUGAUUUGUGUUCGCCGGAUACUCCAGAAUCUAAAACGUUUGAUGCGUUAGUUACUCUUGUGAAGGACCACCUGGAACCAGAUCGCUCUGAAAUUGCUGAAAGGCAUAUAUUUCGCCAAAGAACGCAGCGACCGGGCGAAAGUAUUCGCGAAUACCUGCAAUCUUUAAAACAUUUGGCCAAAACGUGCAAUUUCGUCGAUAAAUUGGAGGAGAAUUUAAGAGACCAAUUUGUUUCGGGUCUAAACAAUGAAGACAUGAGAUCUAGGAUAUUUGCGGAGAAAAACGUGGACUACAAGCGCGCCGUGGAGCUGGCGCAGGCGCUGGAGGCGGCGGAGCGGCACGCGGGCGUGGCGUGCGCUGCGGGCGCGGGCGCCGGCGCGGCCUGGCGGGCCCGGGACCCCCGGGAGGCGCACGAGGACGACGGCUUGCACCGGCUGGGGGCGCGAGCUGCCGGCGGCGGGGGCUCCCGGGGGGCGUCCCGCGACGCGCCGCGCCCGCAGCGCCCAUGUGCGCGCUGUGGCAAAUCCGGCCACACGGAUGGCAAGUGUCGGUUCAAAUAUUACAACUGUGAUGGGUGUGGCGAAAGAGGUCAUAUAAAGUCAGUGUGUAAAAGUGCUAAAAGUGAUAACAGUGCAAUAAAAUCAUCAAAGAAUCAAUUCUUUAUAGAUGGAUCGGACACGGAUGAUGAAGGUUGUAACUUUUAUAACUUAGUAGUAAAUAGCGAAGGUGAUGGGCCUUAUUAUGCGACGGUCACUGUUGAAAAUAAAGCAUGUAAAUUCGAAAUUGAUACCGGAAGUAAACUCUCUGUCAUAUCAAAAAAAUAUUACGAUAGCAAUUUUUCUAAUAUUCCGAUUGAGAAACGUCAGCUGAGUUUAAAGUCUUACACUGGAGACAUCAUCGAUACUCUUAGGUUUAUUGUGGUAAAUGUUUGCUACGGCGAUAAACAGGUCAAAUUAAAUCUAUUUGUCAUUGAGAACGGGGGACCUCCACUAAUGGGUCGCACUUGGAUCAAACAAUUAAUGUUAGCUAUUGUUGAAUGCCACAGUUUAACCGAAGAUGACUCGAUGGCGGUCUCGUUACGUAAUGAGUUUCCGGAUGUAUUUGCCGAAGGUUUAGGUACUUUUAAGUCGGAAUUUAAACUUUAUCUUAAAGAUGAGUCACCAGUUUUUAUUAAGUCACGCCCUAUGCCUCUGGCCUUGCGCCAACCAGUGGAGAGGGAGCUCGAUAGGCUGCAGCGGGAGGAUGUCAUAUACAAAGUGGAGCGCUCAGACUACGGGACGCCGAUCGUGCCGGUCAUCAAGUCCAACGGUAGUAUACGUAUAUGUGGUGACUACAAGGUCACGAUAAAUCCGCUUCUAAAGGACUACCACUACCCGCUGCCGCGCAUCGAGGACCUGUUCGCCACCCUGGGCGGCGGUGAACAGUACACUAAACUAGAUCUCUCGAAUGCAUUUCAACAAUGUUUACUGCACGAAGACUCGCAGGCUAUGACGGCCAUCACCACUCACGUAGGUACCUUCGUUUAUAAGCGAGUUCCCUUUGGUAUAAAAUGUAUACCAGAAAAUUUUCAGAAAAUCAUGGAGGAAACGUUAAACGGGUUACCGUCGACUGCUGUAUUCGCUGAUGAUAUUUGUGUCACAGGAAAGGACAGGGAAACCCAUUUAACGAACCUUAGGGCAGUGCUACAACGACUCAAAGAAAAUGGAUUGCGUAUAAAUUUUAAAAAUUGUAAAUUUUUAAAAGACAGUGUUACUUAUUUAGGUUACAAAAUAGAUAAAUUCGGUUUACACACGGAUGCAAAAAAAAUUGAGGCCAUUGUAGCAGCGCCACCACCAACCAAUGUCACUCAGCUGAAGAGUUUUAUGGGAUUAGUAAACUUUUAUUCAAAGUUUUGUGUAAAUAUGAGCGACAUUCUUAAACCAAUGUAUGACUUGUUAAAAAAGAAUUCUAAAUGGAAGUGGACAUCUGAUUGUGAUACGGCAUUUAAUAAAAUUAAGAAGGUGUUAAGCAGUUCCCCUGUGCUGGCGCACUACGACCCGAGCCUCGAGUUGAUACUGUCGGUGGACAGCAGCGCGUACGGGCUGGGCGCCGUGCUCACGCAGCGCGCGCGCGACGGCUCCGAGCGGCCGCUGUGCUGCGCGUCCCGCACGCUCAACGCCGCUGAGCUCAAUUACUCGCAGAUAGACAAGGAGGCGCUUGCGAUUGUGUUCGGGGUCAGUAAACACCACCAGUACCUGUACGGCAGGAACUUCACGUUACGUAGUGAUCACCGCCCUUUAAGUUACAUUUUUGGUAAAAAUAAAGGUUUGCCGGUGACGGCUGCAAGUCGACUUCAGCGUUAUGCGGUUAAAUUGGCCGCUUAUAACUUCAAUAUAGAGUUUGUGACAUCUGCAAAAAAUUGUUUUGCUGACGCUCUGUCCCGUCUCCCUCUGGAAUUGACUAAACAGCAACCACGAGGUGAAGACCAACAUGUCAGUUAUCUAAAUUUUGCACAAGAAUGUUUCCCGAUAAGCUUUAAAGACAUUAAAACAGAAACUUCUAAGGAUGCGACACUCAGUAAAAUUUAUGGAUUUAUUAUGUACGGUUGGCCGACAAACAAAGACUACGACGACAUAGAAAAAAAAUAUUAUAGUAGAAGGGACAGUUUGCACAUAGAUCAGGGUUGCAUUGUAUGGGGAUAUCGUAUCGUGGUUCCGGGCUCAUUGAGAAAUUUGAUUUUAAAAGAAAUUCACGACGGUCACCCGGGUAUCGUUAGGAUGAAACAAAUCGCGCGUAAUUACGUUUGGUGGGACAACAUAGACCAAGACAUAGAGGAGGUGGCGCGCGAGUGCGCUGCGUGCCGGCAGCUGCGGCCCGCGCCGCCCGCCGCGCCACUGCACUCCUGGGCGUGGCCCGCCGAGCCCUGGAGCCGGCUACACCUCGACUUCCUCGGUCCAUUCAGUAAUCAAUACUACCUUAUUUUAAUAGACGCGCAUUCAAAACGGAUAGAGGCAGAGAAAGUAAACACGACAUCAGCUGUUGUUGUUUGUGAUUGUCUCAGGCGUCAUUUUGCGAGGUUCGGGCUGCCAAAGCGUCUGGUGAGCGAUAAUGGACCACCCUUCUCUUCCGCUGCCUUUGCGGAAUAUUUGAAGAGCAACGGAAUAGAACACACUUUGGUGCCGCCUUAUCACCCGUCGAGUAACGGAGCCGCGGAGAAUGCCGUGAGAACGAUUAAGCGCGUUCUUAAAAAGGCUGAAUUAGAAAAUGAAGAUUCGAAUAAAGCGCUGAGUAGGUUUCUGUUUAUGUACCGGAAUACCGAGCAGAGUACCACGGGGCGCGAGCCGGCGGUGGCCCUGCUGGGGCGACGCCUGCGGGGCCGCCUGGACCUGCUGCGGCCCGACGCGGCCGAGCGCGUGCGGGGGCGCCAGCUGCAGCUGGAGCAGCGCGCCGCCGCGCCGCUGCGCGUGGUGCAGGGCGGCCAGCCCGUGCUGCUGCGGGACUACUCCACCACCGGAGACAAGUGGGCGGAGGGAGUCGUCGCGGAGCGUCUGGGGCCGGUGUCCUAUUCGGUCAAAUCUAAUGACGGCCAUAUGCAUAAAAGGCAUAUUGAUCAAAUACUAGCGCGAAAGCCGCGUCAUUCGCUUAGCCAAGUCACGAUUGGUCAGUCAGAUGACGUGAACUUGAAGGUAACUUCACCUAAUGUCACGUUUGGGUGUGACAAGGACGAGUCGUUUGAUAGUGCGGAAGGGGGCUCGGACCCCGCCUCGCCGCGAGCCGCGCCGCCGUCCCCCGACAGUCCCGCGACUGUAGACAACACUCGCCCGCACAGGGAAGCUGCCAUCACAUGCCGCGAUAAACUUAGAAAAGUUAAAUAUUAG